AUGUCACAGUCAAAUAUUCCUAUUGCAAUCAUUGGCCUCGCUUGUCGAUUUCCUGGAGGUAUCCACGACGCUGAAAGUCUUUGGGAAGUUCUCAUCCGAGGACAAAGUACCUGGUCUGAUGUACCCACAGAUCGUUAUAACUGGAGAUCGUUUCACCACCCCACGCGUGGAUCUACCUCCGCUCACUCGUCUCGUGGAGGAUAUUUCUUAAAAUCCAAUGUUGCCGAGUUUGAUGCUGGGUUUUUCGGUAUUUCUGAGCUUGAGGCUGCAGCUAUAGAUCCACAACAGCGUAUUCUUCUGGAAGUAACAUACGAAGCAAUGGAAAAUGCGGGGCUCUCGAUUGACUCGGUUAAAGGUUCUCAUACCGGCGUAUAUGUUGCGACAUUUACACAUGACUAUGAGAAUAUGAUGUAUCAUGACUCAACAUCUCUACCAAAAUAUGGCAUGACUGGUGUUGGGACAGCCAUUGCAUCCAAUCGGAUAUCAUAUUUUUUUGAUCUUAAAGGCCCUUCAAUAUCUUUAGAUACUGGAUGCUCUGGAAGCCUUGUCGCUUUACAUCAAGCAUGCCAGAGCUUACGACUGGGAGAAACAAACACGAGCUUUGUUGGGGGAACCAAUCUCAUUCUUAGUCCUGAUACUAUGUUACCCAUGGAUAAUCUCCAUCUUUUGAACAAUAAUGGCACUUGCUAUCCCUUUGAUAAACGAGGAUCUGGCUACGGACGCGGCGAAGGUGCAGCGUUGAUCAUUCUUAAGCGUCUAGAUGAUGCUUUGAGUGCAGGUGACUCAAUAAGAGCAAUUAUUCGCAACACUGCUAUUGGACAAGAUGGAAAAACAGCCGGAAUUACAUUCCCGAACCAACACGCUCAAGAGUCUUUGAUACGAUCAGCUUACAAAGCCAUAUCAUUAAAUCCUUGCUAUACUGCAUACGUGGAAGCCCAUGGAACUGGCACUAUCGCUGGAGAUAUCACCGAAAUAAACGCCCUUGGCAGAGUAUUUUGCGAGAACAGAGAGCAUGGCGAGCCGCUAUACGUCGGUUCUGUGAAAGGCGCGAUUGGCCAUCUUGAGAGCGUGAGUGGGCUAGCAGGAUUAAUCAAAGUUAUUUUGAUGCUAGAGAAGGGAGUUAUGCCUGCAACGCCAGGAUUUGAGGAGCCUAAGGACGGAUUGAAUCUUCCUAAAUGGAAUAUCAAGAACUCAUUCGGCUAUGGCGGUGCAAAUGCCCAUGCUAUCAUUGAAGCCGAUUUGGUCGAUCAUGUCGGAACUAACGGCACGGUCUUUGUCAACUGCCAUUCAGGCCAUCGAAGUAGAGCCUUGGGGGGGGAUGAGUUGUCUAAAACGCUCACCAGUGAAUUUUUAAAUGGAAAAGUCAACGGAAAAUCGAAAAAAGCCAGUACCAGGGAUCAAACUUACCAGAUUUUUUCACUUGUGGCCAAGACCGAAGGAGCGUUGAGGUUAGUAGCAGACGGCCUGAGGAGUUGGGCAAGCAAAAAUUUCAUUUCAGACCCCCAUUCAGCAGAUAUAGCCUAUACGUUAAUACGGAGAAGUUCCAACAUGCCUUGGCAUUCCAGCUUAGUUGCAUCCGGAGCUGAGCAACUCAUAUCCAAGUUAGAACCAAAAGAACUCAGAUUAAGUCGCGUAUCCAUGGCUAGCAAGGUGGAUAUCUUCUAUAUUUUCACGGGCCAAGGAACACAAUGGCAUGGUAUGGCCAGAGAACUCAUUGAUUCUUCAACAGUGUUUCGUGAUUCCUUGAAUACUUCAGAGACAAUCUUAAAGUCUCUAGGAUCUUCUUGGAGCCUUCUUGAAGAAUUAGGUCGAGAUGAGAAUACCACGAGAAUCGACGAAAGUAUGAUCUCCCAGCCAUCAACGACUGCCAUUCAAAUUGCUUUGGUGCAGCUGCUACGUAGCCUCAAUGUCACGCCUGAUAGAGUCUUGGGACAUUCUAGCGGUGAACUUGCCGCUGCAUAUGCUGCAGGUAUUUUGGAUCAUGAAUCGGUGUUGAAGCUAUCAUAUUAUCGUGGUCUUCUAGGAAAUUAUUGCAAAAGAGUGUUGUGUAAAAAUGGGGCAAUGUUAGUAGUGGCAUUGAGUGGAUAUGAAAUAAUGGCUUACAUUAAACGCAUAAAAACUGGCCGGGUUUCCGUCGCAUGCUUCAAUAGCCCUUCUAGCACUACCAUUUCGGGUGAUGAAGGUGCUAUCAACGAAUUGAGCGGCAUACUCCAGAGAUUUGGUAUAUCCUCCAGAAAGCUCAGAGUCGACACAGCUUAUCACUCUCAUCAUAUGGAAAUAGUUGCCGAAUGGUACCUAAGAAGUAUAGAAGAUAUCCGAUGUUUGGAUCCAAGCACUUCAACAAUCUUCCAUUCUUCGGUAACUGGCAAGAGGAAACAUAGAGACUUUGACGCUACCUACUGGACAGAAAAUCUCGUAUCCAAAGUGCUGUUUACUCAGGCUUUACAAGGUCUAUGUGAACAAGUAGAGUCAGAUAUAGACUCUGAAGGAAUUUCUUCCUCGUGUAUAAUUCUAGAAAUUGGACCAUCUAAUGCCCUCAACUUUUCCAUAAAGCAAACGCUUACAUACAAGCAACUAAAUUCAGCUCGAUACACUUAUAUGUCUACAUUAAAGAAGGGCUGUAACUCACAGCUUACCUUUCUUGAGGUCAUAUCAUACCUUUUCGAUAGUGGGUAUCCUGUGGAUAUUGCUAGCGCUAACAGACUAAAUCAUCUGACCUGUCGAUCCCGGGUUUCUCUUUUAGUGAAUUUGCCCACAUACCCUUGGGAUCAUUCUGCAUCUUAUUGGUACGAGUCGCAAGUAUAUAAGGAACAUCGUUUGCGCAAUCACCCUUAUCAUGAUUUACUGGGUAUUCGAAUACCAGGAAGCCCAAAUAUCCAACCAAAAUGGCGUCACAUUCUCAAUAUCGAAAGUUCACCUUGGCUAAAAGAUCAUGCCGUUGAUGGCAGACUUGUUUUUCCUGGCGCCGGUUAUCUAGCUAUGGCAAUAGAAGCAAAGCGUCAGUUGCUGCUGGACGUUGAGCCUAGAAGAAGUGUUCGCAACUACAUUAUCAAGGAUGUUACCUUUUCAAGAUUUCUCGAAAUUCCUGACCGGACCAAAAGUACUGAAGUCCAAUUGAGCCUUAAUAGUCCCAUCAAUGGUCAAAGUGGCAUUGAAGAAUGGCAAGAAUUUCGAGUUACUUCGACACCGAAUUCCGGUGUUACCACGGAGAAUUGCAAAGGAUUAAUUAGGAUAGAGCUCGCUAACGAUGUUCCUUCACACCGUGAUGUUUCUGAUUUGGGUGACUUUAAGCAAGAAAAAGACCAUGCGGCGAGAGUUGCAGGAGAACGCCUCAUGGAUCUCGAAAAUAACAUGUAUCACAAACUCGACGAGAAGACCUUCUACCAACGGCUCGAGUCGACCGGAAAUUACUGGGGACCAAGCUUUGCAACAAUUACAGACUUCAUGCUUGGAGACUCUGAAGCUACCGGUAAAAUUACUGUACCAAACGUUGCAGAGAUGAUGCCCGGGGGAUUUAUACAACCGCAUGUUAUUCACCCUACUACUUUGGAUGCACUCAUUCACUCAAGUCUACUUUUGUCGACGUCUACACAGUCAUCUGCUUCGGAUGUAAUGUUUCCUAUUUAUAUACGAGAAGUCUUUAUUUCAGCGAAUGUCCUGAACAAUCCCGGACAGCGGCUUUCGUUUGUGACAAAGUUGAAAUCGGCAACCUCAAGCUCUACCUCAUCAGAUGUUUCUGCUUUCCAGGGAACAUCAUCACAAAAGAGAUCAAAGUGUGUGCAAAUUAGGGAAGCUGGAUUUCGAAGGACGGCCGGGUCAGGAUAUAGCUCUGUAGGUUUUGAUCCGUCUUCCUGUUACAACUUAGAGUGGGGAUUGGACCUGGACUAUUCCCAGCCUGAAUUACAUUCGAAAGUCGAAAAACACCAUAAAUAUGUUGUCACACCAGAGAAUAGGCUAAAAAUCUUGAAUGAUCAGGCGUGGUACUAUAUUGAUGCGUGCCUGAAUACAAUCGACGAGAAAGACGUUGAAAGCAAAUAUGCUAUGUACUAUGAAUGGAUGGUACAAUUAAAAAGCUUGAAGAAUAUCUCGCCACGCCUCGAAUACCCGAAAUACUCAGCGGAAGACUUUGGAGGUCUUGGGGAAGAUGCAGAGGCUGUAAGGCGUAUAGGUACGAAUCUGAAGUCAAUUCUAUCCGGCAGGAUAGAUCCGCUACAGCUUCUCCUAGAGCAUGACCUUCUACGACGAAUCUAUGCAAAAGGUUUGGGGGCACGACAAUGCCACCAUUAUCUGAGUACAUAUGCCAAGAAGCUCACAUUCAAAAACCCAAACAUGAAAGUUCUAGAAGUUGGCGCAGGUACGGCGUCGGCUACAAUACCUCUGUUCGAAAAAUUAAGCGAGGAUGGGAAGCUUCCUCUCAGACAAUAUGAUUUUACCGAUAUAUCACCUUGGUUUUUCGAGAAUGCUAGAGCUUUGCUUCAAAGGUGGCAAAGUCAUCUAUGCUUCAAAACAUUCGACUGCAACAAAGACCCUAUGGAACAAAGGUUUGAGCCUGGGACGUAUGAUUUAAUUAUAGCAUACAAUGCUAUUCAUGCUAGCAGAUCCAUUGAUGAGUCGAUAAUAAACUUGAGAAAAUUACUCAGGACAGGUGGUAGACUGAUACUCCUCGAGAUUACUCGGCUCGAGCCAUUUGUCAAUACUAUAUUUGGCUUGCUUCCAGGCUGGUACAUGGAUCGAACGGACGGUAGAAAGGGUGCUCCUGUUUUGUCUACCGAACAAUGGAAUUUUAGACUUCUGCAGGGAGGAUUUAACGGCUGCGAGUUUAUCAAGCAUGACGAAGACGGGCCAAGUAAGACGAUGUCUAUGAUUGUAUCAAAGGCUAUUCCAUUUUCCGAAGAAAAGUCAGCAAUUCCCACCUCAUAUUUAGUUCACGACAAUAGUGGGGCUGUCCGAAGUCUUCUGGGACAGAAGCUUCAGAAGCUUUGUUUUCGGUCUUCAACGCCACAUAUUGCAUCACAGAACACCGAUAAGGAAGCUGUGAGGCUUUCGGGACUUGUCACAGGAUUUGCACGAGGAGUUCGCAGUGAGAAUCAAGCGAUCAACUUUGUCACACUUGAUAUUCAGGGAGAAUCCAUUGACUUUGAUGAACUUGACCAGAAGAUCAAUGAAAUAUUCAACGCGUCAUUUUUUCGAAGAAAUUCUUGUGUCGACACAGAUUACAUAUACAGAGAUGGAAAUAUUUUCAUUCCUCGGUUGAAACCAAACAGAAAAUACCAAAUGGGAUCACUCUCUGAUGUGCCCACCCGAUCAGUACUCUUUCAUCAGACCGAAAAAGUUAUCCAGCCACAACGAUGUAGAUCAAAGUAUGAUGCUACUUUUCAUUUUACUGCAACCAGAUUGCCAAAGGCUAAAUUGAAUCCUGGUAAUACCGAGGUCAAGGUGGAAGCAUGGAGUGUAUCUACAGAAGAUCUCUUGGCUGGUUUUGGCAAUUCACAACCGGAGUCCGAACAUCCCAUCGUUGGUGGAUUUGCUGGAACUGUAAUCGUCGUUGGCAACCAAAGUUGUUGGAAAGUAGGGGACCAAAUAUGCGGUUGGUCGAAAACUGUUUUCGCAAACAGCGUCAGAAUAAAUGCCGAUGACGUGUGUCGCUAUCCCAAGUCGAUGUCUUUAGGUGAAGCUGCAUCUAUACCGACUACAUUUAUGAUGGCCUUUUAUGCUUUGGUCGAAAUUGCAAGAAUGAGAGAGGGGCAGAUCGUUGUAAUUCAUCAUGCGGAUUCCCCUGUUGGGCAUGCUGCUAUCCAGGUUGCGAGAUAUAUCGGAGCAAAUAUAAUAGCGGUUAUCACCAAACCAGAACAUCGCCAGUCUCUCAUCGAUAAAUAUGAAUUAUCUAACGAUACAAUCAUCUUCCCGCAUGGUGUUUCAACAUACGAGUUGGCUGUCUUGCGCCUCGCAGGUAUUGAAGGUCCUCAAGUUAUUCUUCAUUCAAGCACGGAAGACAUACAAUUCAUUGAGGAGAGCAUAGCCUGCUUGGCUCGCUUCGGUACUUUUGUUAAAAUCGGAAGCUCUAACAUAUCUUCGAGAAUAUCAACCAGCUCGGAUAUAUUCAGGAAAGGAAUCUCUCUCAUUUCGCUAGAUCUAGCCGCAAUAUCCGAGCUACAGCCCCAAAGAAUGUCGGAGCUCAUGAGGCAUAUUAAAUUGAUGUUCCAAAAGCAUAAUCCACGGUCAAUUAGACCAGUUCUUACUAUGAAUAUUGGAGACCUUGACGGUGCCGUCAAUCGUAUCGAACAAGAGGAUCUUGCUGGCCAAAUUGUUUUAGAAGCCGGUGAUAAUGCGACGGUGAAUCUAGCUCUAAUUCCCGCUCCAUUAAUCUUCGACGACGACGCCACAUAUUUCGUCGUUGGGAACUCGACUAUCUUGACUGUGGAUAUGUACAAGUUCUUUUUGUCACAUGGAGCAAGGAAUGUCUUGAUACUUUUCACAGGACCUUGGGAGGAAAAGACCAAAAUCGAGAAGUGGCUGGCGCAUGAAGAAAGCAAUAUCAGAAUUGUCUCAUCGAUUGACGACAUUUCGACUCAAUUACACGAUGCUCCUCCUAUUAGAGGCAUGAUAUGGACUGAGUUAUUUUCGACAGUUCAUCCAGCCACCGCAGACGGUACAGCAGCUUAUGUUCAGAGUGACUUCAACUAUGUCGAUGCCUUAAUGACAUAUAUAAACCCGAAUAUCCUAGAUUUCCUCGUCAUGAUCUCCUAUUAUCAUUCCGAACUCGCAGAGUUAUCCGUCGGUCGUAGUUCUUAUUCUUGUCGGGAAAUGUUUGAGAUUUUGGAGUCUGAAAUGGCUUCAAAUAAUGACAACGGACACUAUUCUCACAUUGUUACUGGACUUCGAGAAUCCAAAUUGAGUGGAUCACGCAAAAUUCCGCUGCAUUCUCCUUUAAUAAAAUAUCUACCCGAAAUUUGGAAGCAAGAAGAACCUUCUCCUAAUGCACCUCUUGACAAAUCUACCUCUGAAACCACAGAUGACAACCUGGAAGAUUCUAAGACCGAAGCACAAGCGCACAGGAUUGUGAAGCUAGCAGUACAAAAGAAGAUUGCUUCUAUGAUGGCCGUGCAUUAUGAACUAAUUGAUGUGAAAAUGGCUAUUGAAGAUUUUGGCUUGGAUUCACUAAUUAUAUUCACGUUCAGGAAUUGGAUUUUCCAAAAUUUCCGUGCUAAUUUGGAUGUGGGAGCUAUUACUAGUGCCUCGAAUAUUGACGAUCUUGCAUCUAGGAUACUAUCGGUUAAAGAUAUCCCUAGAAAGGGGCAAUCUGCUCAACAUAAGCACGCUUUUGAACCAACCAGUCCAUCAAGGUUCCAUGCAAUAUCUCAUACAAACUUGUUACCGAAGCAGCCGCUACCCGCGUUAGAAGAUACUCUUCGACACUAUAUAAAUGCUGCUCGUCCAUUCUGUUCCAACGAGGAACUAGAAAGGACCAAGCAGUUGGCAGAAGAGCUCAAGAUUGUUGGCGGCCAAGGACAAAUGUUACAAGCUCGUUUGCUUGAGCGAAAGAACGAUCCCACAAUCGAAAAUUGGUUAUCAGAUAUUUAUCUAACUCGAAGAUUUCUACGUCAACGCGCAUCUUUGGUGGCAACUCAAAGUUACUUUGGCACGCAUCCAAACGGUCGUGGUCUUCAUACCCAAGCGGAGCGAGCAGCAAUUGUUACUUUGGCCGCUCUUAAGUUCAAGCAACGUUAUGAAAGUGAAUCUUUACCGAAACGAGAAUUAUACGGGCAAUCGAUCGAUACAUACGCAUAUCGAUAUCUUUUCAACGUUUGUCGGGAGCCACACCCAAACGAAGAUAUUAUUCGCGAGUACCCAAGUGAGAACUACAUUGUCGUCUUCAAUAAUGGUCAUGGAUAUAAGAUCGGCCUUACCAAAGAUGACGAAGCUAUCACAUUCUCUGCUUUGAAAACGACCUUUGAGGAGAUCAUCUAUGAACCAAUAGAACCGAAAUCAUGGGUAGGAAUCUUGACUGCUGAUAAUCGGGACGAUUGGGCUAAGGCCAGGAAUGCGCUACUAGAAGCAGACGAAAGCAAUAAAGUAUCGAUAAAAACCAUUGAAGCAGCGGCAUUCAUCGUUUGUCUCGAUGAUGGAACACCAGAGACCCCCUCACAACGAUUCUCCCAAUUUCUCUUUGGGGAUGGCUCAAACAGAUGGUAUGACAAAUCACUACAAUUUGUCGUCUGUAAGAACGGUGUCUCGGCUUCUGUUUGUGAGCAUUCAAUAUUAGAUGGUAUAACAAUAGAAGUGCUCCAUGAAUUCAUAAACGAGGCAAUCAUUUCGCACAAACCCUCCCCGAACACCACACCCCGGAAUCCCAAUACACCAGAAAUCCUGCCUCUAAUACUUAAUCCCAACCUCGAGACUCGCACCCAACACAUCCUCCAAAACCUCUCACGACAAACCUCCAAAUACACAUUCACGCACUUCGAAACCCACAAACUCCAACAAAAAUUCCUUUCCGAAAAAGGACUCCCCACGCAGUCCAGCAUCCAGCUCGCAAUCCAACUCGCAAUCCAGCGCUUCUUCAACUAUAUCCCCAAUGCCAUCGAAACCGUCUCGCUCGCCCAAUUCCGCCAAGGACGCGUCGAAGUCCACCACAUAAUCACACCCCUAAUGGCACAAUUCCUCGCAACCAACAAACAAACCCUCAACAUCCAUUCGCGAGAAUUACUCUACGAAGCCGCAAAGGAACACGCGAAAUCGCUUACGCGUGCGAGCAAGGGACGAGGAUUUAGUCGACACUUGUUAGCGCUCGAAUGGAUGAUUAAGGAAGGGGAAGAAACACCUGCGUUUUUCCAGGAUGCGGUGUAUGCGAGGAUGAAACCGGAACGGGCGGUCACGAGUUGUUUUAAUACUGGGUGGUUAGAGGGUGGAUUCGUGUAUCCGUUUCCGGGGAGUAUUUUGGUUUAUUUUGAGGUGAAGAGGGAAUCGGUUUCAUUUUCUAUCUUCGGUAAUGAUGCGGAUGUGGAGAGGUUUAGGGAACUUCUUGAGGUUGCUGGAGGUCAGAUACGGAGUUUGCUUGAUGAUUAUUGA